AUGAUUUUUGACGACAAGGAGUACAAUAUUGCCGAUUUUAAUAUUGCAUUUUUGAGACAGAACUUAGACUUAGUGGCUUACCAUGAUUGGGGCCAAAGUCCGGCAGUCCACCGGUCUGUCUGGGCUGCUACUGCCCGACAGACGGUUCGGUGGUUUUGCUCUGCAUGCGGCUGGCCUGUCUGCGGGGAGGAGUGCGCUACCCUGGAGCCACACAAGGGGUCGGAGUGUGCGGUGUUCGCGGCGGCCGGAGUGCGCUACCAACAAGAGGCCGAGGAGGAGGACACCAAUGGCUCGCCCCAGUACGAGUGUAUCACUCCGCUGCGAAUGUUGCUCAACAAGGAGAAGGCACCGGACCGCUGGCAGGCUGAGAUCGACGAGAUGGAGGCUCACACGGAGGAGAGGAAGGCUCAGUCGGAAUGGAAGACCGAGCAAAUCAACGUUGUCGAAUUCCUGCGGAAAAAAUGCAGACUGGCUGAAAGGUUCAGCGAAGAUAUUAUCCACUUCGUGAUCGGGGUACUAGAAGUGAAUGCUUUCGAGGUGCGAACGGAAAAUGGCUUUUUCGUGCGAGGACUGUACCCCCAGACCGCCAUUAUGUCACACAACUGUGUUGCAAACACCACCCAUACCAUCUACCCCGCCGACAACUUCAGGUAACACU